AUGUUGAGCACGGCUGCCAUCCUGCUUCUCUCUGGUCGACUGGUGUGUCUGCUGCGGCUCGCAUGCACUGAAGGCACCGACGACGCGCCGUGGUCUCCUCACUCGAGAGAGCAUCUCGGUGGUGCCGAUGCGGUGGUGGAGGUGGUGGUGGAGGAGGAGGAUGGCGCUGCGGCAGCGCUCCGUGAGGCUGUGCAGCGGGCUCUCGCCAGCGCCGCAGAGGCAGCCGCUUCAGGUGGCGGCUGCUCCGGCAAAAGCCAUGCAGAGGCUUUUGCGGAGGGUGCGGCGCUGGAGCGGUGGGCAGACGAGCUCGAAGAGCUCGCCGAGCUCGCGGAAGCGGCGGAAGUCGCGGGCGAGGAGAUCGGGGAGGAGCUGAAAGCCUCCGGGCUGGUCACAGCCUGGAGCGAGGCCCGUCCCGGCGAGCCUGGAUACGCGGACGAGGACGGGGUGCCGGCGUACCGCGAGCCUGGCCCGCAACGCCACACGUACGUCGUGCUGGAGCUGCGGCCGCAACCUUUGAAGGGGCGCAGGGCCAGGCGCAACGCGCAGCAGAGGUCGGGGGGCGGCGCCACCUCGCAGGCGGCCGAGAGGGCGCUCCUGCGGUCGUCGGACGCCUUCCUCCAGCUGGCCGGGCGGGUCGCCGUGUGGAGGGAGCAGGUGGUGCGGGUCAUGGAGGCGGACGCCCAGGAGGCGAAGGCGGAGGCGAACGCUCGGCAGAAGGAGCGCGUCGCUGCCAUCCUCGCGGGCACGGACGCUGCGGGCGCGGGCGCGGGGGUGGAGGAGGCGCUCAAUUGCUGGGAGGAGGGUGCGUACGAAGCGGAGACGCUGGAGACGCUCGCCGAGUUCGGCGAUUGA